GUUCAAAUAAUUCAGUACAACACCAGAUUUAGCACAAUCAUAAUACAACAAAAUGUAUAAACUACUAAUUUCAUUUGCACUAGUGGCAGCGGCUUUCUCGCUCCCAUACCCACUAGUAGAAGACGAAGAUGGCGAGCAGUACCAUUUAGUGCCAUUAAGCAGAGUGAGAAGGCAACAACAAACGGACUACCGACUAGACUCCAAGGGCAAUCUCUUCCUAGGGCACAAAGGUACGAUCCUGGACAACGACAAUCAUCGUCUUAAUGGAGAAGGGUAUUUGGUUAAAAACGUGAAAGGGCAUGGUCUAAGUCCCGAUGCCCAUGGUGGUGCCCUGGACUACCUCAACAAACCCACAGGACUAACUGCGGGGUUGUCGGCUGACCAUAUGAGGCAUAUGGGUACCAAGGUGGGUGCCACUGCGGGAUGGAACUUCAUUCAAACGAAAGAUGCCCAAGUGGGGAUUUCUGGAAGGUACGAUCGAAUAUCGGGAGGUCCAGGACCUAGCAGGCAAGACUACGGAGUGUUUUUGGGGGGACGACUUGAUUUUUAGAUAGUUGCUUUAGUUUGUUACUUUAUUAAUUAUAGAACUACGCUUUUAA